CCUUGUUACGUGACGCAACCACGCUUGCUCUUUACAUUGAGCCUUUCUGUGCCACGGUUUAUAUAUCUUUAACAGCAUAACGAGUUCACCGCUAUGUCUCUCGGAAAAGCUGCCCGCAGUUUGGUGAGUCCGCUCCGGGGGGCUCUGCGGUAUUCGGGCCUGAGCCGCAGCUACACCGCUGCCGCUGCAGCCCGGGCGGUGCUGGAACACGAGCUGGAGACGAUCCGAGCCGCGGGGACGUGGAAAGCGGAGAGGAUCAUCACCUCCAAGCAGGGUCCUGAGAUCAGCGUGGACGGCAGUCGUGGCAGUAUACUGAACUUCUGCGCCAACAACUACCUCGGGUUGUCCAGUCAUCCAGAAGUGGUCCAGGCAGGAAUCGAUGCUCUGAAGACACACGGUGCUGGACUGAGCUCUGUCAGGUUCAUCUGUGGGACGCAGGAUCUCCACAAAAAGCUAGAGCAGAAGCUCGCUGAGUUCCACGAGAGAGAGGACUGCAUCCUCUACGCCAGCUGUUUCGAUGCCAAUGCGGGACUUUUUGAGGUGCUGCUGGGCCCAGAUGACGCAGUGCUCUCUGACGAGCUAAACCACGCCUCAAUCAUCGAUGGCAUUCGCCUGUGUCGAGCGAAUAGGCUGCGGUACAAACACAUGGACCUCGGUGACCUGGAAACCAAACUCAAAGAAGCUCAGUCGUCUCGUAUGCGUCUGGUAGUGACAGAUGGGGUCUUCUCUAUGGAUGGAGACGUGGCUCCCUUGCGAGGGAUUUGUGACCUGGCUGAGCAGUACGGAGCCAUGGUGUUUAUAGAUGAAUGUCACGCCACAGGUUUCCUAGGGCCUCGGGGAAGAGGAACUGAUGAACUCCUUGGAGUGAUGGAUAGAGUUCAUAUUAUUAACUCCACUCUGGGCAAAGCGCUGGGAGGAGCAGCAGGUGGUUACACAGUCGGCCCAAAGCCUCUCAUUGACCUACUCAGGCAGCGCUCGCGGCCCUACCUAUUCUCCAACGCGCUCCCCCCUCCUGUGGUGGGCAGUGCCACACGGGCUGUGGAACUGCUGCUUGCCUCCAACGAGAUUGCCCAAAGCAUGACGGCCAAAACGAUGCGGUUCAGGAACAAGAUGACGCAAGCCGGCUUCACCAUCGCAGGCUCAGCUCACCCCAUCUGCCCUGUGAUGCUUGGCGAUGCACGUUUGGCCUCUUUAAUGGCUGACGAUAUGCUAAAACUUGGAGUGUAUGUGAUUGGAUUCUCCUACCCAGUCGUACCAAAGGGAAAAGCCAGAAUCCGUGUUCAGAUUUCGGCAGCGCACACGGACGAAGACAUCGACCACUGUGUUGACGCUUUCAUCCAGACUGGCAGGAAGCACGGCGUCAUCUCAUGAAUCGAACAAACGAGCUGGAAUCAGAAGGAUUCAGAAAACUGCUUGAAAUUGCAGGGUCACGCUGCCUGUUACUCAAGAUCCAUGAAUGAUGUUGAUGGAAAUUUUAGUUAUAUUUGUAGGUCACUGGAGGUGAAUGUUAUUUUUGUGCUUGCUUAACUGAUUAAAGCACUUUUCCUAAAGUGUUUGCAAAAAGGGCAGUUGAUUAAACGCUUUUCAUGAGUAGGAAAAUGUUUCUGAAAGAGCAUUUAUCCACCCCGCAGAUAUGAUUCUGAUGACUGUGAGGAUAAUGGUGACACAUAAUGUGCAUAGAUUAUCAGCAUGUGUGGUAAACAUUAAACAUCCUUCAAAGAGUAGAAAAAA